CUGGAAGGAGCCGUGGGCAGCGCCUUCUGGGAGGAGCCGGGCUGGAGAGUUCUGGAAGGAGCCGUGGGCAGCGUUCUCUGGAAGGAGCCGCGGGGAGCGGGCGGCAGCGCGGCGUGUGGAGCCUUCGAGUACCAGACGAGUAAGUGAUAAGGGAGACACAGGAGGUAGACAUGGAAGUUGAGGUAUUAAAGGUUGAAGAUCCAAGUUGCUUUUGGAUUGCUAUAAAAGAAUGUGUGCCCGGCGUAGUCAGUGAAUCUGUAUAUGAAAACCUGCAUGCUGAAAUGAAACAGUUCUAUGACAGCUCUAAAAAGGCAGAUGACUUAAAACAAGAGGAGAUAGAAAAAGGCCAGGUUUAUGUGGUUUUCAGUGAGGAGCUCAAGUGCUGGUGUAGGGCACUGGUUCAGUCAAUCUGGCGCCAGGUAGACGGUUACCAGCUGGGAUGUUUCCUUGUGGAUUAUGCCAAGUACUGUUCUCUCCCAUCAAAGAACGUUCGAGUUUUAGCAGGAGCAUUUGCAAAGAUCCCAUACAGAGCAAAGAAGUGUCGGCUGCACUGCACAAAGCCAUUGACACUGUAUAUUGACUACUGUAAAGACACUGCCAAAAUAGGACCAGCCAAAAGAUGGGAUACUGCUGCUAUCCAUCAUUUUCGAAAACUUCUUGAAGAGGCUACCGAGGCUAAAGCCACAAUACAGGCGGUAGAAGAUGAAGUGUUAGACGUGUCUCUUUUUGUGACUGUAAGAGAUGAAAAGAUCUGUGUUAAUGAUGAUCUGGUUGCAAAGUACUUUGCACAUUACAAGGAAGCUGAAGGGCCUUCAGGGAGUUCUUCAGAUGAUUCUGACAAGGAAGUGUCGUUAAGUGCUGAGUGUGUUCCAGUGGAGUUUGUCGGUCCUACGUUUCUUGCCAGGCCAAAGCUGCCCUUCGGAGGGGAGAUGUCGCCACAUCCUGGGCCAGGUCUUGCUGGUUGUAAUUCUGCUCCUGAGAAGACGUCCCAAAGGUCACACACCGUUCUAAAUGACAAUACUGUGCCUGUGGUCAGCAUGGUGCCAGGUUUGCCUUCCAAGGAAGAUAAAGCAGUUCAAACAGAGAGGCUUCUGAAGUUCUUAAGUUCCAAUUCCUGCCAGACACACACAGUUGAAGGUGACCAGCAGAGUUUUCAAAAUGUUGAGAAAGAAAAAAACUUUGUGUUCCUGAGCAAGAAAAUUGAACCAUCAUCAGUUUUGGAAACAGCGCCACUUUUUGAUGGUCUGAAAAAGGAACUUGCUUGGAACAAGUUUUCAGGCCCUACCUUCACUGAGUCCUACUGUUGGCCACCAGUAGCUUGGGGAUGUGAUGUUGUUGCCAUCUCUCAUCAGGGAAAUGAUCCCUUAUUAUAUAUUCCACCAGUUCUUACACUUUUGCAGUUGGAAAGUGUCUACCAAGCCUUGCCAAGCAUGAGUGGACCACUAGCACUGAUUUUGUGUCCUGGAUGGAAAAAGGCGCACCUUGCUUAUGACCUGCUGAGAACAUACAGGAAAGGCUGCAGACGCCUUCGUCUAACGCUUGUAAUCCUUGGGCUGAGCAAGGAAGCAAACAGCCAAGUGGAAAUCGGAGGCUUGGUUCAGGUGGUAGAGACUCCAGCAAACAAUGAAGAAAAUAAGGUCACAAUUAAAUACAUAGAUGAAGGCAGGACAAGUCAAGUGAAUAACGAUCAGCUGCUUCACUUACCUGCAAAGUUUCAGAGUCUGCCACCUCAGGCUGUGGAAAUUGUAGUUUGUGGAGUAAAACCCAUAGAUAACGAAGUUGAAUGGAAUCCAGAGGUGACUAAACACAUUAAUCACAAAAUUAAAGGAAAACUUCAUCACGCCAAAGUGGUGCAUACCUUGGGAAAGACGGUGUGGGUAGACCCAAUGGCUGGAGUUAGCCGUCUUCCUUCGAUAAAGACGUGGAUCAAUGAGUACAACAUUCGAUCUAAGAUUUUGUCGAUGGGUUUGGGAACCGACAAUCCUGAACAUGUAGGAGAAAUUCAGAAACUGUGCAGACACAUACCGGUCUUGGAACAUGCAGAGAGGUUGGAAAGCACAAAUGGGGACACAGCUGGUCCAGAGACGUCCAGUCCACAGGAUGCAUGGAUACAGGAAAACUGCUGAAAGCUCUAACAGUUCUGUGACUCCUCCAAGCAGUUCGGCAAAACUGAGCUGCUAUCCUCCUGCAGGAUCUGAAGACUGGUCUGAGUUCUCCGACAGUGAUACAGAUAGUGAUGAAUCACUGGGAGGAGAAAUUCCUUUCCCCUCUGAUUAGAAUUGUGAUUAUUGUUAAUUAAACAGUUGAUGGAAUUGUUGAGUUUGAUAGUUGAUGUAAUUGUGGCUUGUUUGUGUAAUUGUUAAUUUAAUACAUUACUGUCCUUAGAACCUGA